ACAGCAUUAGGGUUGCCAUGCCAUAUUGCCGUAGCCAUAACAGUAUUCACGUUUGCAUUGUGUUUUUCAGCCAUAAUCAUAAACAGCUGAUUGCUAAUUCUUCACAUUUAGUUUUUUUUAGUAUACAUUCAUUCUACCUACUUUGCAUUAGUGAGUUUUUCGAACUUGGUUUUAAAUUGAAGUGAAAUUAAAAAAAAAAAAAUCGUUUUUGCCAGUAAAAGGCAUAUGUUAUGUUAGAUAGUAAUGGAUGACGAAAAGUUGAUUGAGACUGUGCGCAACUGUCCAUGCUUAUACGACAAAAGUCACAAGGAUUUUAAGAGCUACACGCAAAAAAAAAUUGCUUGGAAGAGAGUUGGUAAAAUAAUGGGAGUUAAUGACUCUCUUGUUAUGGCUCGAUGGAAAAAUUUGAGAGAACGAUUUACUAAGGAAAUAAGGGCUCCAAAAAAUGUGGAGAGGCCGUGGCUGUUAUUAGAAAGCUUGCAAUUUCUAAAAGCCCACAUUAUUCCUCGUCCAAUGAGACAAAAUAUACGAAAAGUCGAAAGCAGUGAUGAGGACGAUAACCCAAGCUCAUCUGCGCAGUCGACAUCAAAACCGGAUCAGAUUGACGGCAUGACUCUAAUACAGCUAGUGAAGGAACAUGAAUACAUCUACAAUAGACGUAACAAGUAUUAUACAUCUGUGGAUAAGAGGAGGAAUGCUUGGCGCGAAAUAGCUCGUAAAAUGGGGGUUAAUAGAAAACACUGUAUGCGGUAUUGGACAAAUUUACGCGAGCGAUAUACCAAAGAAAAUCGGCGAAUGACUGCCCUUUCGAAUAAUGGGUUAACAACAGAUCAUCUUUGGCAUAUGUACAAUGAAAUGGAGUUUCUGAAACCUCACAUAAUACCAAAACAUACUUACCAGGAGGAUAAAAGCUUUUCACUUAAGGGAGAAGAACACAAAACGGACGAGGAUGAAAAAUUUAUUGUUGAACACGAAGAUACUAACGAUGACUACGAAUGUAUCACUCAUCCAUUCCAAUUUAAAGACUCUACAUCAGUUUUGUCCGAGCAGGAAAUGGAACAUGAAGAAGUAGAUAUUUUUUACGAGAGCGACCAAAAAAACAGACCAACUUCAUCAAAAUCGCAGAAUAUAAAGAAGUUAAAUGAAUCAAUAGAAACAUUUGCAUGUGAACAACAAGUGAGAUGUACCAAACGACAUUACGAGUCCGAUGUUGAAGAGGAAGAAACUCUUCCUUUGUGUAAACAAGGAUGUGGCGGAAUGAAAUUGCGUCGGCACAAUCCCAUAGUAGAGGCAUUCGGUAAAAUGAUUGUGGAAACUAUUAGUAGCAUGGGUAAUCAAGAGCAAGCAAUAGCUAUGCAAAAAGUAACAGAAUUAGUUAUGAACUUAAAGGUACAAGCAGUACAGGGCACACUGUUUGUACCUCGAACCGAAAACUAGCUAACCGGGGUAUAUUAACUUUUUGUGCAAAUGGAUAUUAAGUUCAAUAGGGGGAAAGGGAGAAUUUACAUAUUUUAACAUGCUAAAGUACUAAAUGAAAACUUACAGUUAAUCGAAAUACCCCUCAUUUGGGAUGCACUCAUGUAUGUACGCACAUACAUAUAUGUACAUAUGUAUAAUAAUUAUUUUUAAAUAAGUUAUGAAAACUUAAACAAAUGCAUUUUUUUGUAUAAGAAUUUACGAAGUAAUAAACUAAGAACUUAAAAAAUA